AUGGUUCUUAGGAAGAUGAAAGAAACCGCUGAAGCAUACAUUGGAAAACCCGUGAAAAACGCUGUCAUUACUGUUCCAGCUUACUUCAACGAAUCACAACGUCAUGCAACAAAGGAUGCUGAAAAAGAAAAAUGUGCUCGUCUUCGACUUGUGGGUGGUGGCACUUUUGAUGUCUCUAUAUUGACAAUUGUGGAAGGAGCUCAUAUCAUUAAGGUGAAAGCCGUUUCUGGUGACACCCAUUUGGGAGGCGAGGAUUUGAUAAUCGCAUGGUGGAUCACUGUGUUCAGGAAUUCAAAAGGAAAUGGGAAAAAGACUUGA